AUGUCUCGCCGGACGCGCUGUUGUUGGAGGCCCUCCAGUUUGCGAAGGUCAGACCCCAUCAUGGUUCCGAACCAGGCGUCUCAGGGCGAGUACUGGUUACACCUAGAUGGUUAUAUAGCCACCAACAGCUCUCUUCUCUUCCAAAACCGUACAAUGAUCCAGCUUUAUCCCAAGACAGUGUCUCUUAUGAUUCAGACGAGCAAGCCGAUUUACCACCAAAAUCAGGUCGUGCGGUUUCGAGUUAUACCAGUGCAGCCUGACUUAAUGCCAUGGUUUGGUUCCCUUGUUUCGGUGGAAGUAGUUGACUCUUCCAAUAAUCUUUUUAAACGAUGGCUCAAUCCAAUGACAAACAUUGGGGGCAUAAUUGAACUCGAUUUCGCUCUGGCCGAUCAAGUCAACGAGGGAGAUUGGAUGAUUCGGGCUCGACACGAAAAGCAUAUGGUAGAAAAAACAUUUAGAGUGGUCGAGUACUGGGCUGCACUAUGGGAUGUCAACGUGACUAUGCUUCCUCGGUACUCGGAUGAAGAUUUUGCUCUCACUGGAUUAAUACAGGCUAAUUAUACCAGCGGAAAGUACGUUCGUGGGAAUGCAAGUGUUAUCAUCGAAAUGCGUGAGCGUGGGCCCGAUAUGUGGUCCAAACCUCCGGCUGGAACUGUUAAGCGCACCAUCACACAAAUGGACGGUCACGCUGCCUUUAUAGUACCCCUCUUCGAGCUGCGAUCCCAACUUACCGGAAGCGUGGGGGGCGCAGAACCUUCAUUAGCCAACAUGGAUAUUUGGGCAAACGUUUCCGUGACAAAUUGGUGGGAGGGAGACACUCGAACAGGAUGGGCUUUCACUCAAGUUUUCUCGGCCAAUUCUAACAUUAAAUUUCUCGGCGGGGGUGUUCGACUCUACAAGCCAGGAAUGUAUUUCACCGCCUAUAUGGUGAUUUUCACUGCAGACGGUCGGCAGCCACUCUACAUAGGCAAUCGAAGAGUGCGUUUGACAAUCUCGUGUGCAGAGGGUGCAGAACUGAGAAGAGUAUUUCUGCCCAUCCCAGAUGACUCUCUGAUCCAGUAUACCUUCCGUCCCGUUGCUGAAGAUACAUGCACUAGUCUGCUUCUACAGGCGUCGUUCAUAGACGAAAAAUCUGUGGUUCUUGCGACCGCCUAUCAGCGACUAUUCAAAUUCCAAUCUCCGUCCAGUACGUACCUGCAAUUAACCACCACCACCCCACAGCCACAGGUUGGCCAGUACAUGGUGUUAAACGUGGAGACGAACUAUCCCGUGGACACUAUCCACUACUUGGUCACUGCAGGUGGAAACAUUAUCACCUCUGAUCGCAUAUCGAUGCGCAGCAUGGUCACAUUUCGAUCCUUCUCGAUCGCUAUCUCCAAGGCGAUGGCACCGAUUUGUCGGAUUCUGGCAUUUUGCAUCAAGAACGACGGAGAGAUUCUCGCGGACAGUUUAACCUUCUUCACCAACUACAGUCGAAUAAACAAUGUGCAAAUUCAAGUGAAUCGAGGGAAGGACUUGAACCUAGACACCGUGGAGAUACGAGGAUUUGCCACGCCUGGAUCCUAUCUCGCAGUGAACGUGCUCCAUGCCGACUUGUUUCGAUAUGACAGUCCUUCCUUCAUCCAGGAAAACGAUGUGGUUAAUGAGAUGUCCAUGUACGAAGCGCACGCACAGAUGCCGUAUGAGUUCACGUGGUACAACAGCGCGAGCCAAGUGGAUCGCGUCUACGUGCCCUCGCCCACUUACGGCGCCGAUGCUAACUCCACUGUGCAGAAGUCUGGCCUCGUUAUGUUUACCGACGCCAAUUUCACAAAGGCCAACUUCUAUCACACCUGCAACGAGACGGAGAACCCGGCGCGUGCGCUGCCCUGCUACGCGACAUCAGGAAGGGAAUGCUACUCGCGAGCGGAGCGCUGCGAUGGCAUCAACCAGUGUGUUAAUUGGGCUGAUGAGGCUGACUGUCCGGAGAACACCACCGCGCCGCCAAAGCUACGCCAGCUCGGUUCCUUCGAGAUGCUCUACCGCAACUGGGAGGACGGCGCGUGGAUGUGGCACAGUACACCCGUCAAACCGGACGGGCAGAUCCAAUUUCGCGUCCCACUACCAAAGAUGGAAGCAGGCUGGGUGGUGGGAGCGUUUGCAAUGGACGUCUCGGAGGGCCUCACGCUCAACCACGCUCCAUUGCGCUUUGACGGUGCACGCCGCUUCUACUUCACCCUUGAAGUCCCCGAGGUCGGUUUUUGGGGCGAGCAGUUUGGUGUCCGUGUCUGCCUCUUUAACUACUGGACAUACUUCCUUGAGGCACUGGUCCGGGUGAACGCGAACCCGAGCAUCGGAGUGAUUCGAGUUCCCUACGGAGGUCUGACGACAGCCUGGGCACCGCCCUACUCGGUCAACGAGACCGUGGAGACUUUGGUGUACCUGGACGCCGGCGAGUCGAAAUACGUCUAUCUACCUAUUUUGCCUCGUAACACGGGGAACAAUACCUUCACCAUAUGUGCGUUCUCGUUCCUUGGGGCCAACUGCGAGACGCGUUCCAUCUUCGUGCAUAUGAAUGGCAUUCCGAAUUACUUUCACACCUCUCGCUUCAUGGAUCUCACCAGCUCCAGUCGGCUGUUUGUCAACAACUUUCGCGUGAUUGUGCCGGAGAAGUUUACGGUGCCCGAACAACGGGCGCAUCGCUUCAUUCCCGGCUCGCAGAAGGGCGUGAUCAUCACUGUCUUAUUUGCGCCCAAAGGUGACGUAAUUGGACCCGCACUCAGCCGUAACUUUGAGUAUGCAAGCACUGAGAAUGUCCUACGAUUAUCCUACGGAGCGGCAGAGAACGUCUUUUUCGAGUUGGGUUUCAAUCUGCAACUGCUUUUCUACCUGCGUGGCGCCGGCUACCUGCCCAACGACGUGAUGCUCGCCGGAGUCAACUACUGCUCCAUCGUCCUGCAGCGUGGAUUCACGUACUUUGACAACUCCACCGGCGCCUUCUGCAAUUUUCGCGACCACCUUGACCGACCCCAUGCCCUUCCGACAGCAUUCGCGAUAUGGAACAUGCUACUGGCGAGACUGACGGAGUGGGAGCGGUGGAUCUUCGUAGAGGACGAAACGUUUGUACGUACGAUAACCUUUCUGAUGGAGACGCAAGUCAAUCAGACGUCAGGAGCGGACCCCAUGCUAGUGGGCAGUUGGCCGGUGAAGGGGGAGGGCGUGGUGGUGGUGGACCGUCGAUUCAUUCCUCCAGUGAACGAAACACGGUGGCCAAAUCCCACGGAGCGUGAGGCGCACCGCCGUCUACCCACGGCGGCUAUGGUAGUGGUAAGUCUACGGGGCGCCGGCACUUCGCCUCCCAGCGGACGCGCCGCCGAUCGCGCCUCUCGCGUAGUCAGCCUCGCUGUUGGGUUCAUUCGACAGCAUGUUCUCAAUGUUGACGACCUCUUCGCCAAAAUCAUUGCCACCUAUGCACUUCAAGUUGCUGCCGGAGCCAACGCUCAAAACGAACUUACCCAAGCGAUGAAUCAGAUCCAAAGGCGUCACCUGAAAGCGGAUCAUGUAUACUACUCGAACUAUCCUAUCCCUCCACCAAUCUAUGAGAUUGAUCAAGCAGGUCGGCGAAUCGAGAAUCCACGGGGUGAAUGGCCCAAUGACGGCUACGGAGUGGCGUGCUCAGCGCUCGUCUUCCUCAUCAAACUUGAGACCAAUGCCUGGAGUCCCGCAGUCCACGAGGCCCAUGACAUGGUAAACUGGCUCACUAACCAACGUAAUCACGUCUCUGGCUUCACUAGCACCUUCGACUCGCUAGUGGCUCUUCAAGCUCUGCGCAAAUUCGCUUUGGCAGACAAGAAUCGUGCUCUCUACAAGAUGUCGGUGAGGCAGAAAAUAAGCUCCCUCAAACAGUGGGAACCGGAGAUAUGGAUCGUGCCCGACAACUACUCCACGCUCUCACGCACUGUGUAUCCACCACGAUCUGUGUGGGGCGACGUAACGCUGGCAGUAGAGGGCACUGGACUCCUAACUCUUCAAAUGGAUGUCAGUUACAACGUGGAGUUUCCCGAUAUUCAACGCGAACCUCUCGACCCGGAAAAUCCUCUUAGAUUGUACCCCAGUUUCGACCUUGAAUGCACCCCCACAUUUACAGGCAGAAACAACUCCCACAUGCGCAUGUCCGUCUGCGGCAGCUGGACGGGAAAUCAUCCUUUGGAACCAGCCAAUGAGAGUGGCAUGGCAGUGUUUGAAGUUCGUGUGCCUACAGGCUACGUGGUACUAAAUAACGAGCUUCGGGACUACGUGCAAAGUGGUCAGGUGCCCCGGUUGAUGUACGCUCGUUUCCGUCCCCACUUUGUUCAUUUUUUCUUUAACAAGUUAACAACGGAAAGAACUUGCGUUGAAUUCAAUGCCUCGCGUUUCUAUCCGGUCUCCAACAUGACUGAUCACCAAAUCUGCCUCGCAUACGAAUACUACGAACCGGGUCGAUAUAACAACAGUAUGUAUGAAGUAAUCUCCCUCUACACCAACACAAUUUGCAGCGUUUGUGGAUCCUUCCAAUGCCCCUACUGCCCGGAUUAUAACGGCGCCGUCUUUAGACAACCUAGCCCCUUGCUCCUCUUGGUCAUCCUCCUACUAACAUUGCAGCAUCAUCACUGGACCCUCUGGUGGCGGUUGACGAUUGGCGUUGAGCCUCGCGAUCACAUUGAGAUGAGGACUAAGGGAGGGACAACUGAGCUACAAAGUCGGCGGGAGGCACAGUGGACGCCAGGUAUGGGAGAUCCCAUGCACGUCCGCAAUCGACGGAUCGAUGCCACAGUGCCAUUGGCCAGCCCGCCGCGACCUACCGAACUGCGCAAAAGAAGGCAGCAUCACGCGCGCCCACCCUGUGACUUGGUAUUGGCAACACGACGACAGCCUCGUGCCACGCCGUUGGAUUGCCCCAUACCCUCACUACACUAUUACUUACAAAUUUACAAUUCCCAAAGAAAGAGAUCACCGGAUGAAGUUGAAAGUGAGAAGCACACUAACAGGAAAGUGUCGAAGGUGAAGUGA